AUGGUUUUUGCUUUUUACUUCUUCAGCGCAUUGCUUGGCGGAGUAGUCGGUGGUAUCCUCACAAUGCUGACUUUGAAGAUUUUAGAGGCCAGGCCUAGAGAGCAUAUAAGAGUGGAGGUUGACAACGGACGAGAAACAGGAGAAGGACGAAUAGGUAUUGGGGUUCAGGAAUCUACAAAACUGGAACAAGAACAUGAUGAGAGGUGUUGCUAAUAAUGGUUAGCUCUUUAUUUAUGUAUUUAUCUUUAUUAUUAUUAUUUUUAUUACUAUUAUUAUUAUUAUUAUUAUUUAUUAUCAUUAAGUUGUGGCGAAAAUCGUAGUUCCAGGUAGGACGGGGCAGUGUGGGUUAGCCAAGGAAAAAGCGGGAACUUGCUCGUUUAAUAAUAGCACCGUUGUAUAUAUUCCUUAGUGUCGAGUCAAAUGAACAUACGGGUGAUAUCAGUUUUAUUAUGAAGGACCCUCCAUAGUUAGGAUUUACAAUGUUCUUAAGUUUUUAUCCCGUAGGAGUCCUUGUUCCUUCAACUGUAAAAGCUGAUUUAUAGUUAUAAUUCACAGUAGACCAUGCCUGUCUUAUUACCACAGACGUUCUUUUUACACGUGUUUUUACCCAAACAUAAAAAAACGUCAAGUUAUUUUCUUAUUUAAAAAAACCUCGUCAAAAAGAUCAGCUUUUUUCUUUGGUCCUUGGUUGACUACAUAGGCGGGCUUUUACUGUAUGAAAAAUUCCUUGAUACCUAUUAUAAUGCCUUAAUUUUCAAAAAGUGAUGGCACAGAGUUGGUUAUUAUUGACUACUACGAGAUAUGUUUCCCCCUUGACCGUGUGCAACACGUAGGAAGAAAAUGCGAUCAUGCGUAAUAAUGAUAAUAAUAACCCACACUGCCUUUGGGCAUCCAUACGUUUGUACUGCCAUAACAGUAAUAAAGGUGCUUAUUAAGCGUAUUUUUGUUCCCAAUGCGCGUAAGUGGAAUAAAAAUCCGCUGAUAGGCUUUUUACAUGUUAAAAUGUCCGUAGCAGAUUGUUGCGAAGCGAACCGUGUUCACGGUAUUUUAUCUCUAACAAAGCGAAACGAAAAUUGAGCCUGAUCUCAGGUUAUGGUAUUUUGAGAACAGGCCUCUGGAGCCUCCGAGUAAUUAUUUAAGACACAAUGUGAUUUUUUUAACCUACCUGUGCAAACGUUGUGGAGAUUGCUCAGUGGCAGGCGCUAAGAUAUAUUUAAAUCUUGAAACAUGGAAGUGGCUGGGAAACUUAACUUUAUAGAGGCUAAUGCAUAACAGUAAUUUUCGUUUUGUUUUCCUUAGGGGCAAGUUGUAUAUCUGAGGUAUCGAUGAACAUCAUAAUUUAAGCUGUACAAAAAAUGAGUAUCAGUUCUAAUACCAAUAAGUUUUGGUUUUUUGUUUCUACAGCAGCGCCAUCAGCCCCAAAGAUGAUCCAGAAGUUUCAAUUCAUGAUGUUGCCUUUCACCUGACCUUAAAUCUUGGUUAUUCAAAGUACACACAGUUGGAAAUUACGCACCAUUAA